ACCUUCAAAAAAAUCUCCACACACACACACACAAAAAAAGCUCUGUUUCUUUUUUCAUUAAUGGAGUGUGACAAAAAAUACAUCACCAUUCAACAGCUAGAACAACACAACAAGCCAGGAGAUUUAUGGGUUUCCAUCAACGGCAAAGUUUACAACGUUUCCGAUUGGUCCAAAUACCAUCCCGGCGGCGAAACCCCACUCUUAAAUCUCGCCGGAAAAGACGUUACUGACGCAUUCACAGCUUAUCAUCCCGCCACAGCUUGGCAAUACCUUAACAAGUUCUUCACCGGUUAUCGUCUAAAAGAUUACAAAGUCUCUGAGGUAUCCAAAGACUAUAGAAACCUAAUCCAUGAAUUCACUAAAGCCGGCAUGUUUGAAAACAAAGGUCACACAGCUGUUUUUACAUUAACAUCGGUAGCCGCCAUGUUUGGUUUCGUGUUUUACGGCGUUUUGUGUUGCAAUAGCUUGUGGGUUCAUCUCUGUUCGGCUAUGGUGUUAGGCAUGGCUUGGAUACAAAGUGCUUAUAUUGGCCAUGAUUCUGGUCAUUACAUUGUAAUGUCUGGUCAUGGUUGGAACAAGUUGGUUCAACUUAUAACAGGGAAUUGUUUAACAGGUAUUAGCAUUGCAUGGUGGAAAUGGACUCAUAAUGCUCAUCACAUUGCUUGUAAUAGCUUAGAUUGCGAUCCCGAUCUUCAACAUAUCCCAGUUUUUGCCGUCUCAUCUUGGUUAUUCAAUUCGGUAACAUCUUCUUUUUACGGUAGAAAACUCGAGUUUGAUUAUAUGGCACGAAUUCUCAUUAGUUACCAACAUUGUACAUUUUAUCCUAUCAUGUGUGUAGCAAGGGUAAAUUUAUAUAUACAAACAUUAUUACUAUUGUUUUCUAAAAGAAAGGUACAAGAUAGAACAUUGAACAUAAUGGGGAUUAUCGUGUUUUGGACAUGGUUUCCCCUCUUAGUUUCAUGGUUACCGAAUUGGUCACAUAGGGUUAUGUUUGUUCUCACAAGUUUUGUUGUAACAUCAAUUCAACAUGCUCAAUUCUGUUUGAAUCAUUUCUCUGCGAAUGUUUACGUCGGUCCGCCGAACGGAAACGAUUGGUUCGAGAAACAGACGAACGGGACGUUGGAUAUUUCGUGUUCGCCAUGGAUGGAUUGGUUCUUUGGUGGGUUACAAUUUCAAUUAGAACACCAUUUGUUCCCUAGGUUGCCUCGUUGUCAUUUGAGACAAGUUGCACCAUUAGUGAAGGAUCUUUGUAAUAAACAUAAUUUGCCUUACAAGAGUCUAUCUUUUUGGGAAGCUAAUGAACUGACGAUUAGGACAUUGAAGAUGGCUGCUAUGGAAGCUAGGGACGUGAACAAUAGUGGUGUUUCAAAGAACUUCUUGUGGGAAGCUGUUACCAUCCAUGGCUGAUAAAAAUGGGGGUGUUUGAAGAUUGAAACUGAACCUUUUUUUCCUUUUUUCUGUUUCUUGUUCAAAUGAUGUGUUGUUUACUCUUUUAUAUAUGAUCAUAAUAAUGUUUUCUGA